UUUGAUUUGUGGUUAUGAGAUUGACGCGUUCAUGUAGAUAUGAUUGGUAUGAAAAAGAGAAAGAAACUAAGCAUGCAAGUUCAACGAAAGACCCUUUUUUCUCUCCUUUUAAGCUCAUUCUUGAAACCCUAGCUGCUGAAGGAUAAUUACAUAGUACAGAUUUGAGCAUGGAAGCCCCUAAUUCAGAGAAACCAGAAUUAAAGAAAGGUCCAUGGACUGUUGAAGAAGAUGAGAAGUUAAUUGCUUAUAUCACGAGCCAUGGCAUAAGGAGUUGGAAGCAGAUGCCCAAAUCCGCUGGUUUAUCAAGGUCAGGGCAGAGUUGCAGACUUCGUUGGGUCAAUUAUUUGAGGCCAGAUAUAAAACGUGGAAAGUUCAGCAAGGAAGAAGAUGAAAUUAUAAUCAGUCUACAUUCAGUAAUAGGAAAUAGAUGGUCUAUGAUGGCAAAACAUCUACCAGGAAGAACAGAUAAUGAAAUUAAAAAUUACUGGCACACUCGCUUGAAAAAGGUGAUGAGUACAAGAAAUUCAAUGCAAGGAAACAAGACAUUCAUUUUUGAAGAUGAACGUAUGAAUUUGCCGGAAAUUGGUGAUGUGUAUAGCGAUAAAUAUACUUCAGAUCAUCAAGCAAAAUCCGAAUCAUCAUAUACACCAAGUUUCAACUCUCAUGAGAUCUCAUCAAUAUCAUCGAAGUGGUCUACAACUAAUUAUUCUUCACCAAACUACUUGACUGGCGUGACUCGAUUAGCUGCUCAAAAUAAAACCAUAGACAUGGAAGAGAGUAGUGGUUCAUUUGAAGCACCAAGAACCUCUCAACUUUAGUGCCAUGCAUUCCCAAUUCAAAAGAUUAUCCAUGUAACCAUUUAAAAUUUGAGGCUAGAGCUUCAUCUCCUGCAAGAAGCUUAUUCGGUUCGAAUGAGGAUUAGUCUGAAUGUGGAAGUCUUAAAAAUGUCGUCUUAUAAGGAUACCUCAUGUACUUGUACCAAAAAAAAGAUAUAUGCAUCUUUAUUUAUGUAUCUAAUACAUGAUAAACAUUUUUUUAAAA